UGGAAUAUGGAAAGAUGGAUGAAAAGGAAAAAAGUCAACUAGUUGCUGAAGUAAAUAUCCUAAGAGAAGUACGUCAUCCAAAUAUUGUAAGAUAUUACGAUCGAAUAAUCGAUAAACAAAAUUAGAAUAUAUAUAUAAUAAUGGAAUAUUGCGAAGGAGGUGAUUUGAGUGCAUUUUUAAAAAAAAUAAAGAAAGAAAAAGAACUAAUACCUGAAGAAGCAAUAUGGAAGAUAUUUAUGUAAAUAAUACUAGCUUUACAUGAUAUUCAUCAUAAAAAAAUAAUGCACAGAGAUAUUAAACCUGCAAAUGUAUUUUUGGAUGCCAAAAAUAAUGUUAAAUUAGGUGUAUUUUGGUCUUUCUAAAAAGCUAUCAGAUUAAACUAAUUUCGCAUACACAAAUGUGGGAACUCCUUAUUACAUGUCACCAGAAUAAAUAGAAGAAAACAAAUAUAAUGAAAAAUCUGAUAUUUGGGCAUGUGGUAAAAUAUAAUAUUAUUUUAAAAAAUUCAUCAUAAAAAAUAAAAGGAUGUCUUUUGUAUGAAUUAGCGGCUUUAAUACCUCCUUUUCCUGCUUCAAAUCAUCUUGCUCUAGCAAUGAAGAUAAAAAAUGGAAAGUUUGAAAGGUUAAAUAAUAAAUAUAGUGAUGAGUUAAUGCGUGUUAUUAGUUGGUGCUUGUAAAAAUAAUCCUAAAAUAGACCCUCAGAAGAUGAUUUAUUAAAUUUACCUUAAAUUCUUUAAGGUUAAGGGAGAAAAGGCUUAGAGAAAAUUAAGCUGUUUAAAAUAAAGAGAAGAAGAAGCCAAUAAAAAAGAAGAAUAAUUAUAAAAUCUUCAAUAUGAAUUAAUUUAAAGAGAAGCUUUAGCAGAUUAAUAAAAUUAAGAACUUACUUAGAAAAUAGCUCUUUUGGAAUAAAAAUAUGCUUAAAUUCUUAUUUAGGCCCAAAAUAAAUCGAAAUUGGGGUUAACUUCUUAAAAACCUCCAGCUGGUUUUAUAUCUGGCAUUAAUAGUCUUACUAAAAGAAGUACAAUAAUCAAAAAUGAGGAAAAUAGUGAAAAUAACUUUGAAAUGGCAAAUAAUGCAUUUUAAUAAACUAUAAAUAUAUCAAAAAAUUAAAAAAACAGUUAGUUAAAUAAUAAUUUAUGAUUUCUUUUUAUG